UAAACCUUACAAAUUAAACCUACAACAAGAAUCUUCACAUCUCCAACUAAUCCACCAAUAUAAACAAUCCCCAUCUCACUCUUUUUCUCCCAAACCAAAAAAACAUUUUCCCGGAAACCAAACAAGAAAAAUCUCCCAUGGGCAUAAUAGAAACCUCCCCUACAGCCCUAGCUUCAUUAGUUCUCAAAAACCUAGUCACCCCCGCAUUCAUUUACGCCGAUAAAUCAUUCAUAAACCUCGGCGAACGAUAUAAACUCCUCGAAUUCUUUCGUUACAUGUUCAUAACUUUUUUUCUCUUCAUUUUACGCUUAAUCGCAUCGUUUUUGCCGUCUCUCCACGUUCUUGAUUCUUCUAAACCGUCGAAAACUGACCGUUUCUUGAUCGGCGGCGACGGAGAUUCCGGCAUCGCACGUGCACUUUCGCAGGCGUUGUCUCUGGUGAAUGAUAUUCCGGUGAGUUCAAGAAAAUAUGAAGUUGUUCGAAGUUUAGCGGAGAGGAUUAUAGAAGAGAAUAAACAAGAAAAUCUUGAGGUUUUGCAUGAGAUUAAUAGGUUAAGUUUGGCGGCGGCGUUUGCCAGGACUUUAAGCCAGCUUGAAGCGGCUAUGGUGGAGAUUCUUGACCGGGAUUUGGUUGGGUUUGGUCCGGUUAGGUGUAGGUUGAACCGGGUUUUGAAGGCGGUUUGGUCUGUUAAAGAGGAGGCUUGGAGUGGUCGGGUUAGAGUUGAAAGGUCCGAGGAGAAAUUGGCGGCUGAGCUGCUUUGGUUGGCUAAGAAGCUGGCUGAUUGUGGCUGUGUGGAGGAAGCUGCUUGGAGAUGGGCUUCGGCUUCUAACUUGGGUUGGCUUGCUCUGUCAGCCGAGCCGAGGCUACAAGGGUCGUUAGUGAAAGUUGCAGCAUUUUUGUUCAAACACGCCAAAGAUUUGGGAUUUGAAGAAAUAGACGAAAUGAAGCAACAACAACAAAUUGAAUCAAAGAAGAAAAUGCUAAUGGCCUGGGUGCCAUUGCUAUGCAGAGCCAGCAAUGGAACCGAUGUACCGGUUCUAAGCUCGAGCGAAAGAGCGGAGCUCGAAAGAGUAUUGGAAGAGCUAAUUGAAAUGCUCGAGGAAGAAGAAGAUCAAGAACGAGUUUUGUCUCUAUGGUUACACCAUUUCACGAGUUGCCCUAAUUCGGAUUGGCCUAAUCUUCAACCUUCUUAUAAUAAAUGGUGUAACCUGUCCCGUAAGCUCCUAAUUCUCCGGUGAACGUUAAUAUUAUAUUGUAUGCUUAGAUGCAAUAUAUAAACAUAUAGUUGUAUUUGAAAGAAAAUAUAUGAAUAGAAUCAUUAGUA